AAUAGUCCCCCACCCAGCACAGAGCACUCUCUGGGGGGAGCGAGCUUGACGUUUGGGUUUGUGCUGAGUGGCGACUUGUCAACGUCACGCAGUGAGCGACAGAGCGUGGAAGAAAGACUAAAGGAGGAGGAGGUUGUGAGGAAGUGGAGAGUGUGUGCGACAACGACAUCGCUGCCUUUUUCUUCUUUAGCAUCUUCAUCGCCGUCCGGUAGCACCGAAAGCCUGAAUAGUCUUUCCCCCGGCGUCCACUGGCCGCCUUUUUUUCCUUUUCGUCAACAUGUCCGUGGCCAGUGACUUUGGCAACCCUUUAAGGAAAUUCAAGCUCGUCUUUUUAGGAGAGCAGAGUGUUGGAAAGACGUCGCUGAUCACGCGUUUCAUGUACGACAGCUUCGACAGCACGUACCAGGCAACAAUCGGAAUUGACUUUCUAUCCAAAACGAUGUACCUGGAGGACCGAACGGUGAGGUUGCAACUGUGGGACACGGCGGGUCAAGAGCGCUUCAGGAGCCUCAUCCCGAGCUACAUACGUGACUCGACGGUGGCCGUGGUCGUGUAUGAUAUUACAAACGUGAAUUCCUUCCAGCAGACAUCUAAAUGGAUUGAUGACGUGCGGACAGAGAGAGGAAGUGAUGUCAUCAUCAUGCUGGUGGGCAACAAAACAGACCUGGCAGAAAAGAGGCAAAUUAGCAUCGAGGAAGGAGAGCAGCGGGCUAAAGAGCUCAGCGUCAUGUUCACCGAGACCAGCGCCAAGACGGGCCAUAACGUCAAACAGCUGUUCCGCCGCGUGGCCUCGGCUCUUCCUGGAAUGGAGAACAUGCAGGAGACCAGUAAAGAAGGCAUGAUCGACAUCAAGCUGGACAAAGCGCAGGAGCCGCAGACGAGCGAGGCUGGCUGCUCCUGUUAAUAGCCGCUAGCGUUAGUUGCUAGUAGCUAACACUCAUCAUAUACAACCCCCCCCCAACCCCCCAUGCCGACACGCUUCUUAUGUUGAGCCUUCCUAUUGGUUAACAUCCUGACUGCUGGUCAGUGCUUUCAGAGAGAAAUAACUCUGAAGCUGUCCAAAACAAACAAGUUGACUUUUCAUUCUUUCUUUCAUUUUGUUCAUUAUAUAUAUUUUUUGUACUGCCCACGCUUUGUUUUUUGUAUGUUUUUUUAAUAUUCAGGGACAAAUUCUCUUCGUGUUUGGAGCACCCUAACUUUAAGGCAGACAGCCACAAUAGAGCCUUUUCACGUCUUGUGGACUGUCCGUGCAUGCUUCUCAAAAUGUCAGGUAACACCUCACACACUCACGCGCACACCUCACGCACGCACACGCAUACACACACACAAAUGUCGGACUUCCCAUUGUUCCUAUACUGUACAUCAUGUGUGUGUGUGUGUGUCACUUUGUUCCUUGUGGACACACAACAUUCCACUGUAUAUGGGGGGGCAUCAAAUGUAUUAACAUUGAGAAGACAUUUUUAAUGGUUUUAUUUUAUUUUUUAAAAAAUUCAAUUUGAGAUUUAAGUCAGGGAAGACACAUUGGCAUUGGAAAACACACACAGUCACUUUGCUGCUUAUCAUUUCAUCUUCAUUAUUUUACAACCAGAAUGUAGAAGACAACACGCAGCCUUACUGUCUGAUGAGCACUUUCUUUUAUUUAAAUUUUUUUCCUUCUUCAUUGAAUGAGGACUCUACAGAUGGUUCUUUGUAUUUAUUCCUGGCGAAUAGGAACCCUGGUGUCCACAUGUCAACGUACGUAUGUUAGCGUUGUCGAGAUGAUUGUGCAGCGAGGCGGCCGAGACCACCUCAGCUCUCCUCUCACUAACUGUAAAGAGCAUGUCUCCAUUAAACAUGUCUUGCCAACCACCA